AUGUCUGUUGGUGCCUCGUCGGUUGCGCCAGUCAUUGCACCCGAGGCAAUUUUAGUUGCUUCUCCUUCCUUUGCAUUCAAUCUAAAUCAUAGUGGUGAUGCCGGAGUUGGUGAAACUGGACCGUUGGGGGAGGUAGCAUUUGUGACGCCCGAUUCUCCUGCAACGGUCCCGGUCUUUGGAGAGAUUGGAGUACCCGAUGGGGUUGAGGAUGCACCGUAUGAUGAUGAUGAUGAUGAUGAUGGUGUGGAGCCCGCCACAAUAGCAGAUGAUCAUGACGAUGACACACCACGGCCGACUCCAGCUGUGGGUGGGGGAACAUCUAGUUUGGGUAAUAAUCAGUUCCCCUCACACUUCUCAGCUUUGGAGUUGGAUGCCAUGGCACCUCAGGGGGAUCCAGGAGUACCUGUUGGGUUCGGGGCUAGAGAGACACAGAAUACAAGAGUUGUAUCUGAAUUUCAAGUUGGUCAGCAUUUUCAGGAUAAAGAAGAAGUCGUGUUAAGCGUGAAGACUUAUAACAUUUGCCGUGGGGUUGAGUACAAGGUAUUGAAAUUCGAUAACCGUAAGUACUAUGGCAAGUGCAAGGAGUUUGGCAGCGGGUGCACAUGGCUCAUUCGGGUUAGCCUCCGCCAGCGCAGAAGUAUUUGGGAGGUAAAACGAUACAAUGGUCCUCACACUUGUCUAGCCACAUCGAUAUUUAGUGAUCACAAGAAGCUUGAUUAUCAUGUCAUAUCAGCCUUCAUACUGCCCAUGAUUAGAGUUGAUGCUGCCGUCUCGAUAAAGGUACCGCAGAAUGCCACGGAGGAACACUUUGGGUUCAUACCGACUUACAGGAGGGUUUGGAUGGCUAAACAGAAAGCCAUGGCCCAGAUUUAUGGAGAUUGGGAGGAGUCAUACAAUUACUUGCCACGAUGGGUAUUGGGUGUUCAGAUCACGAUGCCAGGUAGUGUUGCGGUGUUAAAGACGAGUCUUGUGCGGCUUUUCUGGACAUUCCCACCGUGUAUUGAAGCGUUUAGACAUUGCAAGUCAUUGGUCGGUGUGGAUGGUACCCACCUGUAUGGGAAAUACGAUGGUACACUAUUGGUCGCAAUUGCACAGGACGACAACUCCAACAUCAUUUCUAUUGCAUUUGCACUUGUGGAGGGGAAGAAUGCAGAGUCGUGGUCAUUAUUUCUAUCUCACAUGCGACAGCAUGUGACCCCUCAACCAGGGAUACUUGUCAUAUCAGAUAGGCAUAAUGGGAUAAAGGCUGCAUUGGAAGCUCCUAACGGUGGCUGGCUUCCACCUACUGCAUAUAGGGAUUUUUGCAUCCAACACGUGGCUGCAAAUUUCGCGCUAAGUUUCAAGGGCAAGGAUGCACGGAGGUGGUUAGUGAAUGCUGCUUAUGUCAAGACCGAGAUUAAGUUUCAUUACUGGUUUGACAUUCUUCGUCCCGAAGAUCCUACUAUGUGCGACUGCGCUAACCGGAUUGACUAUGCACAUUGGACUCAACAUUGGGACGAAGGUCGGAGAUUUGGACACAUGACUACAAAUAUAUUUGAGUGUGUGAACUCGAUACUAAAGGGUGUGAGGAACCUUCCAGUCUGUGUGUUGGUGAAGGCCACUUACGGGAGAUUGGCCGAGCUAUUCGUCCGGAAAGGCAAAGAGGCCGAGGCACAGUUAGGAACCAGGCAGCAGUUUAGUCAGCAUCUAAUUAAGGCAAUUAAGGCAAAUCUGAAGGUCUCAAGGUGUUUCACAGUGAUUUUGUAUGACAGAGACAACUCAGAGUUUACUGUGACAGAGACCACUCCGACAGAGAGUUUUUCACUGGGCACAUACAGAGUAUCCCUCACCGAUCAGACAUGUGAUUGCGGCUAUUUCCAAACACUUCAAUAUCCAUGUCGUCCUGCCUUGGCUUGCUGUGUAUAUGCACGCCUGACCUAG